AUGACGUCUGAAUCUCCGGAUUUGCAAGCCAAUCGACGGCGCAUGGAAGCCGGCGAGCUGUACUAUGCCUUUACACCUGAUCUCUUGGCCGACCGGCGCCGUGCCCAAGCCGCGUGCGAGCGCUUCAAUCGGGCCGGGGAGUGUUCUCGCAGAGAGCUCGCCUUGAUGGUGAAGGAUGGAACUAAAUUCGUCUUCUCCAAUGGCAGUGUUCUGAACGACAAGGCCCCCCUCCCGCCUCCUGCUUCGUCUCUUGAGGAGGACGAGCAACUCCUAGUCAAUGAGCCCUGGAUCGACGGGCCAGUCAAGAUGGACUAUGGAUAUAAUGUCAAACUAGGGAAGAACGUGUACAUCAAUUUCAAUAGCGUAUGGUUGGACACAUGCACCAUCGAGGUUGGGGAUCGCACUUUGAUCGGCCCAAGUUGCUCAUUUUACAGCGCCACGCACCCGCUUGAUCCCAACUUGCGGAAAGGGACCCAGGGACCAGAGUAUGGGAAGCCCGUCAAAAUAGGCCCGGACUGCUGGUUCGGCGGCAACUGUAUUGUUUUGCCGGGUGUCACCAUUGGAAGAGGCGUGACUGUCGGCGCGGGGAGCGUCGUGACCAAGGACGUGCCUGAAUUCGUCGCGGUUGCUGGUAAUCCCGCGCGCGUCAUAAAGGAGGUGCCGACGUCGGGAGAAUAUAGGAUUUCUUGA